AUGACAAGAUUGAAAAAAAGUUUAAGAACUGAUGAUGGCCAUAUUCCAGGAAAUCAAGAAAGAGCUUUAAGGUAUCCACUUAAUUUUUCAGAUUCUUUAAUAUCUUCUCAAGAAACAGAAACUGAUACCGAAGAAAUUAUUGAAAUGAAUUCCAAAGAAAUAAUUGAUGUAAAUCAAGAAAUUGGAGAAAAAAAUCAUGCUGAACAGAUUCUCAAAAAAAUUGUUGAAAAGCGCCUUAUAGGAUCAAAUCAUAAAGCAUAUCAGAGAAUUGAAAUAACAGAGGAAUUAACAGAAUUGAUAAAUCAAAACACUGAAUUAAAAAAUCAAAUAGAGAAAUUAAGAAAGGACUUUGAAUUAAUGAAAUCUACAUUGGAAAUUCUAUUAAGAUCAAACAACUCUUUGCCGAACUUAGAGACUCAAAAAUUAAUUGACGAAAUAUUUUUGAAACUUGAUGAAGAACUUAAUGAUAUACAUUCUGUUAACAAAUUCACAAAUAUCGAAGCUUAUAAUAAUAAAAUCAACUUUGAAGCCUUUAACUAUCAACAAAUUUUAAAAAUGAUUAAUAAUCUAAAAAGUGACCUUAAAUCAACAGGAUAUUAUUGGUGCUGGAUCGAUGAAUUUGUUCCUGGACAUAAAUUUUUGGAAACAAUUUCACAA